CACAGCGGAGAUGCCGACAUGCAGAGAUGCAAAUAAAAACACUGACGCAGUAGUGAGGUUUUUUUGUGUGCAUGCUUCCAGUGCCAUCAGUCUAACUUUUCAAUGUAAGGUCCACUGUGACGCGUGUUUUACGCACCAACUUCGCGCAGGAGGAGGCCACGCGGAGAGAAGAGGUGCAAAGAGGUCUGACAAGCAGACGAUGUGAUGUGACCCCUCCCGCGGAAGGAAAAGGAAAAAGCCCACCAAAUGACCACCACCAUGCCGCCCGAGUCCCAGUGCGGGCUCAACGCGUGAGCAUGACCGCUUUGUUUGGCGUGGCCGCGUGGAGGCUCGGACGGUCCGACUCACUCAUGCCUUCAGUGGAAUAGUUCGGAGUACUUUUUGGGGGGAGAGUGUCACGAUGAUGCGCGGAGCCCUAAGAGCACUGAUCCUUUCCUGCCUGGUUCUUUUGGUCCGAGGAGACCCGUGGAGGAUUAGACCGGACUCAGGCAACUGUGAGCUCAACAAGAAACAAACUGACUUGAACUCCUUCUUAUGGACUAUCAAACGAGACCCUCCCUCGUAUUUCUAUGGCACGAUUCAUGUUCCCUACACUCGUGUGUGGGACUUUAUCCCUGAGAACUCCAAGCUGGCCUUCCAGGAAAGCAACAUAGUCUACUUUGAGCUUGACUUGACUGAUCCUUACACCAUCUCUGCCCUGACCAGCUGUCAGCUGCUUCCCCAGGGCGAGAACCUUCAAGACGUUCUACCCAGAGAUAUUUACCGCAGACUCAAACAACACCUGGAGUAUGUAAAACUCAUGAUGCCGUCAUGGAUGACGCCAGAUCAGAGAGGGAAGGGACUCUAUGCGGACUACCUCUUCAACGCCAUUGCUGGAAACUGGGAGAGGAAGCGUCCUGUUUGGGUCAUGUUGAUGGUUAACUCUCUUACUGAGGCGGACAUUAAGACUCGAGGAGUGCCGGUUCUGGACUUGUACCUGGCCCAGGAGGCGGAGAGGAUGAGGAAGAGGACAGGAGCUGUGGAGAAGGUGGAGGAACAGUGUCAUCCCCUCAACGGCCUCAAUUUCUCCCAGGUAAUCUUUGCCCUCAACCAGACUUUAUUACAGCAGGAGUCGUUAAGAGCUGGUAGCCUUCAAGUCCCAUACACAACAGAAGACCUUAUCAGGCACUACAACUGUGGAGACCUGAAUUCCAUCAUCUUUAACCAUGACACCUCACAGGUUCCAAACUUCAAUAAUGUAACGCUGCCGCCUAGCGAGCAGGUGACUGCCCAGGAAAUAGACAGUUACUUCAGGCAGGAACUCAUCUACAAGAGGAAUGAACGGAUGGGCAAAAGGGUUAAAGCCCUUCUGGAGGAGUACACAGACAAGAGCUUCUUCUUUGCCUUUGGAGCAGGUCACUUCCUGGGUAACAACACAGUAAUUGAUGUGCUUCGUCGCCAAGGAUACGAGGUAGAGCACACCCCUGCUGGGCAGCCCAUAAACAGGAGAUCAUCAUCCAGAUCAGAUAUGACUGAAAUGGAUGAUCGUAAUGAGGGGUCCCUUCUCCUGGAGCCUUUCCUCCAUGAACUCCCAAACAGUGAGCAGGAUCAGGAGCCCCCGGAGGACGACCACCUAACCCACAUGCUUCUGCCCUCGGACAGCCUGGAACUGCUGGAGAAGGCAGAGAAGAAAAUGUUGAAGAAAAAAAAGAGAAACAAGCAAAAGAAACAGCGGCACAGACAUUUCAACGAUCUUUGGGUCCGCAUAGAAGAGAGUGCCGUGGCGCAGUCUCCACCUCCCCUUCGCAUCAUCAACGGUUACAUUACAGUCAAGCCUCCAAGUCGAGACACCAACUACUACAAUUAUUUUGACUUGCCCUCUGCCUCACCGCUCUGCUCAUGCUCACCGAUCGUCAUUUGUGCCUCACUUGCACUCAUCCAUCAAACGUGGACCAUGUUGCUCUAGCGUAGUAUUUGUUGCACCAAAUACUAAAUAGAAAAUAUUACAGACUCCUUUAGCUAAGGUUUGAAAGCUGGUACCUUUCAUAGACAUAUAGGAGACAUAUUUUGGGCAAUGUAGUACUGUAAGGGGCAGUUUACAUGGCGACUCUGCGACACGAAGACGCAAUGACUGUGUUGCGGAGUGGCCUCGCGUUUGUAUGGUGUCGGUAAAGAUGGAAGUCAAAGACGCAAACCUUGGAAUCCUGCCUCCAAAGUGGAAGAAUUUGUUUGCGGGGGCUUGAGGGGGGCUUGCUCUGCAUGCAUAUCAAAAGCUCCCGCGGCGCGGGACCACGCCGAUAACGUCAGCACUCGUACACGUCACAUUGGGCGUGCACAGCGGUGCUACUAAACAUUAAAAACAGCAAAUAUGGCAGAAUUUCGGAUUUAACUUACUGUUUUUAUAAUAUUUUUAAUUUAAAUAGGUUGAAUGUUUCCAUUUUUGUGCCUUUUUGAACAAAAGAAAAUGCCAUUGCUUGGAGUGGGCGAGCAUGUUGUCUUCCGGGCUGAGGAGGUCAAAGUGCACCAUUCGCUGUCGCCUUGAAAAUCUGCACUGCCCCCUAGGGCCUGGCAUGAAUACUACAUCGUUUUCAUGCGGAAUUGCGACAUUGUUCGAAUGGAGACGGAACCAUAUAAAUGCAAACACAAAAUUUUUAGUCUUCUCGGAGAGUCACCAUGUAAACGGCCCCUAAUUCCUUUACAUUAUCCAAGGUUUCAUUCUGUAAAGGCAAAAUAACAGUAUGCGUUUUAAAAAAUAUGGUUGUUUGUUGGAAAAAAAGAGUGGGUACAACAUAUUUGAUUUCCUUUAUUUGUGAUUGUUAUAGUAUCACUCAAGGGAAUAUCAUAAACUGAGAGUCACAAAUCUGUAACAACUGCAACAUGUGUGCAUAAGAAACUCUAUCGGCUCUUACGUCCCUGAGGGUCGCCAAGAGCAGUGUUUCCAGAUUUUAAUUUAUUCUUCCAUAUUAGAAGAAUUUUUGCUUAUUAUGUUACAAAUGUCAGAAAUGUGUAUAUAUUGUUUAAAUAUUAUAGAUGUAUUUUAGACUUAUUAAAAAAAAGAGUAUCUUCACACAUGUUGUUUAUAUGAACAUAUAAAUAGAUAUGCAGUAUAUUUUUGGACAGAAUCAGGAACUAACCACCAAAUGUCUAUUGUGUGUCUCACUGAAACUUGUUUUUUGGAAUGGACAGAUGAUAUUAUUGUACUUUGUGUAUCAGUGUUAAUCACUUGCUCAGCUGUAUGCGUCCAACGAACGGGCAUUUUAUUGUGAAUUGUCAUUUUUCUUUUUUUCUUUUUUCCGAUGUAUUUGUUUAAUUUAUUUAACUACCUUAGAUUUGCGUCAAGUUUCAAUGACACAUUCACAAUUUUUAAUGUUACCGUUAUUGUUUUUUAAUGUAUUUGGAAUUAUAUUCUCCCAUAUGGUCAUAAAUGCUCUCCAAGGGAAAAGCAUGCAUCUUAAAAUUUCAAAUACCAGUAAUAUAAAUGACAGAUUACUUCAUGUGAAAAACCACAAAGCUGAGAGGUAUUGCUUUCACCCUUAUUGUUUAUUACUGUAUCGUUUAUUCCCAAAUUUGACACGAAAAUGGCAUUUGUACAUAGAUAAGCCACACUGGACUAUAAGCUGCAGCUUUCCUCAAUGUAUCAUGGGAUAUUCACACCAAAAGAUAUUAACCAGUAAAACUUUAUUUCACAGUGACAUCAUAAGACUGUCUAAGACCAAAUGAACCACCAUGAAGCUUUCAACCAAUUGGCUGCAAAGCUUCAUUGCUUCAAGAAGCUUCAUUUGGCCAUCAGUGUUCCCUUGGGGGAGACAGUCAACCUCUGCUGCCACCUGCUGUCAACACUUUUGUCAUCCAACAUGCCUCCUAGCAUGCAUUGCAGUGCUACAGAUGCAAAUAACAAUCAAAAUGCAUGUUCUGUGCUAAUUAUUUCUUCAGUCAGACCAUCAUAAUUAUGAAAUGACACUGCCAUGAGCAUUAAUGAAUGCUUAUGACAGAUGUCAUUUUGUGUCUACCGCCAAAUUAUCUCAUGUCACUAACUCAAUUUAUGUCCCUUGGAUCUUUUAUAUCCAUUCAAAAGUAUUUUGCUGGAUGAUACUUAAUGACAUCUGUCAUAGAAGCAUUCCUUAAUGCCCAUGAUAGUGUCAUGUCAUAAUUAUUACAGUCUUAUGGCAGUCUUAUGAUGCUGCCGUCAAAUAAAGUGUUACUUAUCAACCCAAAUAAAUUGACAAAUAAGCUUCACUGGACUAUAAGCCGCAGGAUUCAAAAUGAGGGGACAAAAAGUAGCGGGUUAAAGUCUGGAAAUUACGGUAGUUAAACUAUUCUACUGUUAUGUGUGAAUAGUUGGCACAUCUUAAAGGGCCUAUCAAAAACUGACAUUCUCAUGUAUACUUUAUUAGGCACACAACUCUUCAUGCGCUGUAGAUGCCUUGACCUUACGUUUGGUUUGUUCACAGUAUUCCUCUGAUAUUUCCAGAACAGAAAAUCACCAAGCCUUUUCACGUUUAGAGGAAAAACUGUCACUAAUUGAUUACAUAUAUACAAACAUAAGUAUAUAAAAUACUUUUUUUUUUUUCAAGCACUUUGGCCUGAGCAUAAACCAGUAACAUGUGAAAUCAAAAUUGGCCAGUACAGACAAACACUUCUGUGUCCUACAGAUUCUUCAUGAAAGGGUGAAGUGUCACGCCAAUUCAUGUUUUGGAUUGUCAAAACAUGAGAAGAGAUGCACAAAAGUGGUAUGCAAGUACGCAUGAGCACCUACAUAUAAAAUAUGGACCACACCCCUGAAGGGAAAAGCCAAAAGGAAAAGAAGAUUUCUCUAGUCAAAGCCCGUUUGCUUCCCAUGACUUUUGAAAGUUAGCUUCUAGCAUGAAUGCAUCAGAUGAGUUGUCACAACAAUGGUGCAAGAACCAACUUCUGAAUAAAUGCCAAACUUGCAUCAAUAUUUAAAGAUUACUUGUUCCUGUAUGGUAAAGUUGACCCUCGCAGUACGUUGGCAGUCUUUGUAACUUUGUGUACAAUUGUGGCUCAAAAAAUUUGACUUCGCCCACAACCGCAUUCCAGCUUGUGUCAUGUGAGAAACGUCUUUCCCUGCACAAGAACUCCAAAAAUAUUUUUACAUUCACACUGCACGUUAGGAGUGUGACAAAAUAUCAAAAUGGUGAUAUAUCGUGAUACUUUGUAUCCCAAAAAGUUAUCGAUAUGCUCCUGCCAAGAAUCGAGAUAUUGUUUAAAAAACUGUCACUCUUCAAAAAACUAAAAGGAACCAACAAGUUGCUACCAGAAUCUUACACCAUAAUUAUGAGGGGCCGUACAAGACAUUUUUCAUUCUGGCCCUCUCACACACAUACAUUCUCCUUUCACAUACAUAUAUAUUCACUCUCA